AUGGUGGUACAAAAUGAAACUGAACUGACUGAGUUUAUCAUACUUGGCUUUAGAAACCUGCAGGAGAUCCAUCUUUUGCUCUUCACUGGGUUCUUCAUCAUUUAUCUCUUCACGGUGGUGUGGAAUACCUUCAUUAUCCUAAUGACAUUGAUUGACCAGAAACUACAAACCCCUAUGUAUUUCUUCCUUGGGAACCUCUCCUUUCUGGAUAUUUGCUAUACAAGCACCACUAUCCCCCAGAUGCUGUCCCAUUUACUCUCAGAGAAAAAUAGCAUUUCCUAUAUAGGUUGUGCACUUCAGGCAUAUUUCUUUUUUUCUUUUGUGGGCAUUGAAUGCCUCCUGCUUGCAGUAAUGGCCUUUGAUCGCUAUGUUGCCAUUUGCAAUCCUCUACGCUACUCAUUGAUUAUUAGCAAAGAAAUUUGUCUCCAACUGGCUACAUCCUGCUGGGCUGGUGGUUUACUCAACUCAGUAGUACAUACCACCUUUGCCUUCCGGUUACCAUUUUGUGGCAAUAACCACCUGGAUGCUUUUUAUUGUGAUAUUGCUCCAUUAUUGAGAUUAUCAUGUGGAGACACUUCUCUUAACCAAGUUCUUUUGCUCUCCAUUGGCUUUUUCAUAGCUUGGACCCCUUUGGCAUGCAUCCUUCUAUCAUAUAGUUAUAUCAUUUCAACCAUCUUAAGUAUACACUCUUCAGAAGGCAGGAAAAAAGCCUUUUCUACCUGUUCCUCCCAUCUCACAGUGGUCCUUUUAUACUAUGGAAGUGCCCUUUUCACUUACUCAAGGUCAAAUAACAAUCAUUCUUCAAAUCAAGCUAAACUUAUUCCAGUAAUAUAUAGUAUUUUAACCCCACUUUUAAAUCCCAUCAUAUAUACCUUGCGCAAUAAAGAUGUAAUGAAUGCCUGGAGAAAUGCAAUUAAAAAUGAUGAAACAUUUUUUCUUAAAACCUAA